AUGCAGCUAGUGCUGACUCAAGAUUGGACAGCCAGAAAACUAGCGGGCAGAAUAAAUGAGCGACUCUACGGCUGGGACUUGAAAGAGUGUGUGGAGUCCAUGAUGAACAUGGAUUGGAUGCAUGAGGAAGGAUACGAGCAGCAAAGGUCCGAUUCAGGCACAAUCAAAAUAAGGAUUUCACCUGAGUCCAUGGCUAUUAUCAAUGGCGAACUUUUACGGCUGAAAGAAUUCAACGAGGUCAGGCUAGACGCUGAUAUACGAGAUUAUUUGGAAGACGCACAUUCAUCUUUUAAGUCAAAGAGCACAUUGAACCCUCGAGAGUCCAAGUUCAAGAAAUCUCUCGUCCAUUACGCAGCGAUGGGGGAUUGCUCUGAGCUUCUUCGCUUCCUCUUAGCAAAUGGUGUUGCAAGAGAUGAUCGUGACCAGAAUAGCCGAACGCCUCUUUCCUGGGCCGCAGAAUAUGUCGCCUUGGACUCAGUAAGGAUUCUUCUGGAUGAUGGAGCGGAAAUCAACUCCAUGGAUGAUAUGUUAUUGACACCGUUGUCGUGGCUGGUACACGCGGGUGUUACUACAUUGAAAUUGGCCGCCACGGAAGCCUAUAUGAGGGAAAGGGGUGCAAUGUUGAAUCCUGAGGAAGAUCAGAAUUGCUUUGAGUGA